AUGGCAGGAUACACCUGUGUCCAGUGCCUCCAGGUCCUCCGACAGGGAGCCAGGGCCUCAGCGCCCCAAGCUCGCCUCCAGAGUCUCACCCGCCGGAGAGCAAUGCCCCCUCUAAUCCGAAGCUUCGGUACGCAACGCAAAUCACUAGCCUCCAGCACCGAAGCCAAGCAGAAACACGUCCACGGACAAUCCUGCUGUGUCCCUAAACCCUCGCCUCUCCAGCGAGCAGCGCACACAGCAACAGGCCCCUCCGUCAACACCCGCGUGGCCCUGAAACCAACCAACCUGUUCCACUCUUUCACGGACUCACCCUCGCCAGCUAUUCGCCAACGUGCCGAGUUCAUCAAGCAAAAUGCUUUCUGUCCACACCCAAGCCACCAGCAGACUCGCGCCCCGGUCUCACCGCAUGACCCCGAAGCCAGAAAGGAUGCUGUGGACGCAGCUCCCCCGGCUCAUUCGCAUUUCGAGUGUCCUGACUGCGGUGUUCCCGUCUACUGCUCCGAGGGCCACUGGAUGGAUGACUUCGAGGCCCACCUGGAGAUCUGUGAUACCCUUCGCCAGAUCAAUGAGGAUGACCAUGACUUGCAUUCUGGUCGCUUCUUCCCGGAGUUCAAUUACCCCGGUCCUCAGGAUGAUAAUUUUGUCAUCAACAUGACCAACUGGGAUACGUACCUGUACACCCGUGAAUUCGAGGCUAUCAACGACGAUCGCUCCAUGCGCCAGGUUACUCGCAUGCUCACUUACCCGCAGACUAUCGGCAGUGUCCUGCACGAGUUGAGCCCGUACAGUGUCCGCUCCGGCGGUCGUCUUACGGCGGAAGGAUUAAAGAGUCUGAGUGCCCUUCGCUACUCCCUGCACCCCCCGAAAGCAGGUGAAAGCACAGACAUCAAAGGUCUCCGCCUGAAAGCGCCCCCAGUGCGAAUCUUCAUCCUCGGCGCCCGCGCUGAGUCCUCGCUUCCCCGCGACGUCUGGCUCCAACUCCAAUACAUGUACCCGCGCGCUCUCCUGCACCUGAUCUUCAUCGGGCCGGAGAGUAUGGCGAAUCGGGACGGCGAGUACCCGCUUCCAGAGCGCACACCCGAGAAUCCUUUCGGCGGAAUUGUCGAGGACCGUCUCGGUGGACAGAUGAAGAUCACUACUUAUGUGGAUUACUUCCAUACCAUGAACAAGGCGCAGUACUUUGGGCCGUUUGAUCCUUACCUGGAUUGCUUUAUGCUGUUCCAUCCCGGACUGGGACACCCAGCUAGCUCGCAUGAGUGGGAGGAGACGUUGCCGCAGUUGUUGGAGACUAAGGUGCCUAUUCUGUGUACAGGAUAUACGCAGUGGGAUCUUGAGAGGGAUAUCAACUGGGUUCAUGAGAAGUGUGGGGGUGAGUUUGAUGUGCUUCUUGAGCCCGGUGAGAAUAUCUUCCGCAGUUUGCGGUGGGAUUUGAACGAUCAGGAUCCUCACGAUGUUUCGUGUGGAAACUGGGGAUUGUGGGCUUUCCGUGGAAAGAGAUAUGAGGCGAGUUUCAUCAAAGAGGAGUAG